AUGCGUUUCGGUGUCAGGCACGGUAGACAGAUUGAGGCUCAUAUGCAGGCUGCCCCAAUGCCCAGGCCUGUUGGUGUUAAGUAUGAUCCCGGCAACCUCUCUAUGAACUCCAUCGAUUGUAUAUCCCUUCAUGUUGUAAAUGCAGGAAGGCGGUAG